AUGUAUGACUUUGCUUGCCCCCAGUGCAAAACAACAGUGGAAAGGAAAGAUCUCUCCAACCUGUGUGUCAAGUGCACCAUAUGUACAGCUGAUCAGAAGAAGACCUACCAGUUCUGCUGGCAGUGUCAGAAGCAGUGGAAAGGUCCAGGCCCUCGUUCUGACCGCUGCAACAACAACGGCUGCAUCAACCUCGAUCUCGAGCUUCUAAAGAACUGCAAGAUGAUCGCCCUCCCUCAGGUGAAAGGGGUCAACGCAUGUCCCUCCAUCCGUGCCUGUCCCACCUGUGGUCAGACGGUGGAGCACGACAAGACGGGCUGCAAGAACGUCAUCUGUCCUCGCUGUAAGGUUGAGUUCUGUUUUGUGUGCCUGAAACUAAAGCGUAUAUGUCACCCAACUGGUUCACCAUACAAAAUCUGUCCUGGUGGUGUGGCUCCUAGACAGACCUUUAUCCCUGUAUGGCAUAAAAAAUGA